AUGACAGACAAUACGCAAGGUUCGUCAUCCCAGUCGUACUGGGAAGGUUACAAGGAGUUUUGGUCAGAAAGGUUUUCCUUUUUGGGAAACUACUCCAAGUUCAUCAAGCGUGAUAAACCCAUCCCUUCCUGGUCCAGCUCUGACGUCGAGGAGUUUAUUGCUUCCGAUCCUGUUCAUGGACCCGUCCUGAAAACUGCUAGAGAUGCAGCGCAAUUUGGCAUCGGAGGAAGUGCUUUGGGAGCAUUAUUUACUGCAGGCUUUGCCUGGAAAUAUUCAAGGAGUUUACAUGGCGCUGGACUGUCAUUUUUAGCUGGAGGUAUAUUUGGUUGGACUUUUGGACAUGAAAUAGCAAAUCAUGCUCUUCAACUUUACAGGGUAGACACAUUGGCUGCUGAGGUCAAGUUUCUGGAGUGGUGGAACAAGAAGACUGGCGGAGAUCAUAAGAACUGCCAUUUUCAUAUCGUUCCACUUCUGGGACAAUCGACAGCACAUACUCUGAGAGCAGUUUUAGUUGGAAUAUCUGGUUCUUUUGACGAUUUGCAUCGGCUUUUCGAGGAGGAAGAACUGCACUGGGAUUAA